AUGGGAAAAUUGCCGAAACAGUACAAAAGAAAAGACGGAGAAGCAAGUCCUGAAAAAGUCGAUGUCGAUGACGAGCUGGAGAAGCAAUUCAGCAGGUCUUACAGGGAAAGAUCGUCAGAGCGAGACCGAGAAAGAUUGAAAGAAAAGAAGGACGAAAGACAAAAAGAACGAGAACGGACGCGAAGUCACAAGUCCUCAAGAAAAAGAUCCCGGUCCAGAGAUCGAAGAAGAAGUCGUUCAAGAGAUAGAGACCGAAGAAGAGGAUCAAGAGACAGAGAUCGAAAACGAGAUCACAAGAAGCGAUCGAGAAGUCGGGAUCGAAGAAGAAGCAGAAGUCGCUCGAGGGAUCGAAGGAGGAGAAGUUCCAGAUCACCGAGGAAAAGCAGAGCUAGUUUGGAACGAGAAGUUCAGGAAAAAUCCAAAGAAACAGGAAUCGCGGUUCCUGAAUAUCUAGCUCGACCAGCAGAACAAUCAAAAUUCCUUGAAGCUCAAGCGAAAAGAAAGCUGCUUUGGGGAGGAAAGAACCUAGGAUCGACAAGUCCCACCCGACACCCGAUCGAAAACCGACAAGCAGGAAAAGUGACCGAGCAGCAGAAGCUCUGGGCGAGCAUGUCUGUUGGCGACAAUAAAACAACUUCCAAGUUCCAAAAGCUGAUGGGCGCGAACAAAUUGCAAGUAGAGGAAGGAGAGGGAAAAGAAGCAGCUGAUAAAUUGCUUGAAAAACAGAAAACGAUGUUCAACGCGUUUGAAAAUCAAUAUGCCAGCGCUAGACAGCAGACGCACUUUUCAAAGGGAAAAGGAUUUGGCCUUUGA